AACCAUGCACCUCAUGUACUACCUCAACGAGAAGGGCGAGCGCGUCUACACCCUCAAAAAGUCCCACGGCGAGGAAGAGCAACCCACCCUCAGCGCGCACCCCGCGCGCUUCUCGCCGGACGACAAGUUCAGCGCGCAGCGCCUCGCGUGCAAGAAGCGGUUUGGGCUACUGCCCACGCAAAAAGAACGCGAUGCGCUAUGAACAACUGGACGGCCCGGGCCGCCCCGGCAGCAAAUACCCCUCCACCACCGCCCUCCGUACCGCCGCCGCAAUCAAACUCCGGGAGAAAUAGUCCGGCGACCCUCCCGCCGCAAUCGAGCUCCGGGAGAAAUAGUCCGGCGACCCUCCCGCCGCCAGAUGACGCCGCCGUGGCGGUGGCGCGUGUGGCGAGCGAGUUCCGGGCCCUCGAGCGGCUCCGGGACGCGGGCUACGGUGGCGCCAUCGUCGCCGAAAAAGUAAAGGAGAUCCGGCUGGCCGUCGCGCGCCUGCCCGAAGCGGUACGAGGCCGCGUCGUCGCGCUCGUCGAGGAUCGGGCGGAAGAGAUGGAGCUGCGCUCGCAAAUUUUGCGGAAGGAGGCCGACCUCGCCUGGCGCAAGGCCGAGCUCGCGGCCCUGAAGGAGCGGGCUCGGAGGGCCACCGCGGCGCGCGCCGAGCGCGGCCGCGUCUGCGACAGCUGCGGCCAGCGGCCAGAGGACAAACCGUUAGAGCGCUGCGACGGCUGCGGCGGGCCGCGCUACUGCGGGGACGCGUGCCGCAAGGCGCACUGGCUCGCGGGGCACAGGGACGAGUGCGCCGCCGGGGUCGCGUUCAUAACCUAAUUGUCUGAU